AUGGAGCUCUGGAACUCCACUUUGGGAAGUGGCUUCAUCUUGAUGGGCAUUCUGAACGACUGUUGGUUUCCUGAACUGCUCUGUACCACAAUCACCGUCCUAUAUAUUUUGGCUCUAACCAGCAAUGGCCUGUUGCUACUGGUCAUCACAAUGGAUAGCCGACUCCAUGUGCCCAUGUACCUCCUGCUAGGGCAGCUCUCACUCAUGGAUCUCCUUUUUACAACUGUGGUCUCUCCCAAGGCCCUUGUGGAUUUUCUGCUCCAAGAAAACAGCAUCUCCUUUGGAGGCUGUGCCCUUCAGAUGUUUCUGGCAUUGACAUUGGGUGGUGCAGAGGACCUCCUGCUGGCCUUCAUGGCCUAUGAUAGGUAUGUGGCUAUUUGCCAUCCUCUGAAUUACAUGGUCCUCAUGAGACCUAGGGUCUGCUGGCUCAUGGUGGCCACAUCCUGGAUCCUAGCAUCCCUGAGUUCUCUAGGACACACCUUGUAUACUAUGCACUUUCCUUUCUGCAUGUCCCGGGAAAUCAGGCACUUGCUUUGUGAGAUCCCACCUCUGCUGAAGUUGGCCUGUGCUGAUAUAUCCAAAUAUGAAUUCAUGGUGUAUGCGACGGGUGUGACUUUCCUCUUGCUCCCUCUCUCUGUCAUUUCUUCUUCCUACAUAUUAAUCCUAAACACUGUUCUUCACAUGUCCUCAAAUGAGGGGAAACAGAAAGCCCUGGUCACAUGCUCUUCCCAUCUGGCUGUGGUUGGGAUGUUCUAUGGAGCUGCAACGUUCAUGUAUGUUCUGCCUAGUUCCUUCCACAGUCCCAAGCAAGAUAACAUCAUCUCUGUUUUCUACACAAUCAUCACUCCAGCCCUGAACCCUCUCAUCUACAGCCUGAGGAAUAAAGAGGUCAUGGGAGCCCUGAGGAGGGUACUGGGAAAAUAUAAGUUGCUGACCCCCUCCUCACUCUAG